GGCUCACUCCGCCGUCCCGCCGCUCGUCUCCUCGCUCCGCAUCGGGUCUUCCCCCUCCGUCACGAUGCGCUCGGGACUGCUGCUGCCUUUGGCCCUGGCUCUGUGGGUCAGCGUCUCUUGGGCUGCCACUCGGACCCCUUACCAGCAGAUCUUGCAUCACAGCCGGCUCCGGGGCAGGCAUCAAGGGUAAGUCUCCGAGCUUAAAUGGGGGGGGGGGGAGGGAGGGAGGGAGCGAUCUGGUGAUCCACCCAACCCGCGGGACCCGGUGCCUCUUGCACGCUGGCGGCGACGCGCGUGUGCCUGGCUCGGGCAAAAGGCGGGAGACGGUUUCCACACGUUCUCCUCAGAACGGAUGUCCGAAGGUUUGGGGAACGCGAAGCAGCGGCCACAUGAUGGGCCGAAGGUGUUUCGCUGCCGCCCUGCUGCCUCUCGAGUUUAGAUUAAUUUUUUAGAUCUCAGUUUAGAUUUUGGGUUCCACAGAAAUGGCUCUUGGUCCCGAAAUGCGUCGCCUGUUCUGUUGUAAUUCAUUGAAGGGAUGGUCGGAGGGGCAAGCAUUUGGAAAACGAAGAGAAAAUCCCAAUCCAUGGAUUAAAAAGCAAGUUUUAAACAGCGGGGGGAUCCACUUGGAUUAUGGUCAUCGGGGAUCAAAUGGCUUGUGGAGAUGAGCUGUGCUUCCCAAAAGAGUGAGGCUCUGUCUCCUGCCAGUUAUUUAUUCUCCAUUAGGUAGGUCUGAAAGAAUAGGAGGCAAGAUUGUAUCUUUUUGGUUUUGCAUUUAUUGCAAUGGAUGGUUCAGGUAGUCUGUUUUCAAGUUACAUAGAACUCUUCGUGCAUGAAGAAGAGUGCUGUAUGAAUUGAAGGUUGGCUACCCUUGAGGCACAGUAUACUGGCACUAACCCUACACCCACCUUUUAUGGACUGGCUGCACCUCUCACUCUCUCUCUCUUUAAGGAAUGCAUCCAAUAUUGUGUUCAGAUGACUGAAAGUCAAUCCAGUUCUUGCCAACAUUUGCCUUACAUUUAAAUGGACAAAGGUUCAGUUAGCCAAGUGUUUGUCAAACUGUUCAUUUGUGCUCACCUUUCCAAACUCACCCCUGCCAAGCCAGUUCUACAGAUAAAGUGAAAUAAGUCAGAACAAUAAAUGUGGUUGCUUCUCCCCCCCCCUAAAAAAAAAAUUAAAAUUAAGGUGCUCAGUGGCCAGGCCAGCUAUGUUAGUUUGGCACCUGAGGCAGAAAACCCCACUAAUGACUCUUUCCCCUUCCUAGCAGUAAAAAUGCAAGCAAUAAUAAAUUAAAUGACACUUGAAAUCAACUACCUGAGGUAGCCACCUCAUUCUGACUAACAGUAGAGCUGGUUAACAUUUCUGUCCUAAAUGGCAUGAACUCUUUAAGCACAGCUUUUGAAAUAGCACAUUUUAGGCUCAUGCCACUAGUGAAUUUCAUAAGGCUGAUGGCAUUAAGGGGAACUUCAGGCACACUGAAACCAAAGAAAUGUGAAUCAAGCCAAGCUGAUACAUGCAGGAAUGGAAAACCUCCUGGAAGGCUUUGAGUAUGAAGGAAACAAAUCACUUUAGUCAUUUGGGGGCAAAUUCUAAAAGGCCUAUUUGGGGGCGUGGGUGGCGCUGUGGUCUAAACCACAGAGCCUAGGGCUUGCCGAUCAGAAGGUUGGCGUUUCGCAUCCCCGUGACGGGGUGAGCUCACGUUGUUCGGUCCCUGCUCCUGUUAACCUAGCAGUUCGAAAGCACGUCAAAGUGCAAGUAGAUAAAUAGGUACCACUCCAGUGGGAAGGUAAAUGGCGUUUCCAUGCUUUGGUUAGCCAGAAGCGGCUUAGUCAUGACCCGGAAGCUGUACGCCGGCUCCCUCGGCCAGUAAAGCGAGAUGAGCGUCACAACCCCAGAGUCGUCCACGACUGGACCUAACAGUCAGGGGUCCCUUUUAAAGUAUUUAUAUAGCUUUUGCUGCACUACAGAUCCCAUCCUCCAUGACGGUUGGCUAUGCUAGCUGUGGCUGAUGGAGGCUGAAGUUCAAGAUGUUUGGAGGGACAGAUUGAGAAAGGCAGUACUACAAUAGGAGCUGAUAAGUCAGAGGGAUCCGAGUGUUUAUAGAAUGCAGUUCUCUAGAUGCUCUUUUCAUUGGUGUGUAAACAGUCACAAGUGUGGUCCUUUUAGGGGCAUUCAGUUCAGAGAAUUCUGGUGCAAGUUGGGAAGCAACAGGCAGGCACAGGCUUAGCUGUGAAUGGGCUCUGGGAUUCCUUCUCUCAGGGACCUUUAGAUAGAUCAUAAUACUUAUCCUGACCCUCACACAAGACACUUCACUUACUACAGUAAGACUAAGUCAUCUUGAUGGCUUCUACCUAAGCUGUGUGAUUCAUUAUUAACCCAUCAAUGGUAAUGCCCACUAGCAUUUUUUAAAAAACCAACACCACCCACCCACAAAUUAACUUAAAAACAAGGAAACAACUGGAUGAAAUUAAAUACACAACUAUCAAGGGCAAGUAGUUCUGAUAGCCAGAAAUGCUGCUUCUCUUUCAUAGAUCAGGUAUUUGGAAUUGACAUUGCUCGUUUCCUGCCUUUCUUCAAAGGAGUUUAGGGGAGCAUAUUAUCCUCCUAACAGCUUGGUGGUGUAGGCUAGGCUGAGAGAUGAUUGCCCAAAGCCAACAAGUAAGAUUGUAGCUAAGUGAAGAUUUCAAUAUGGUCUCCCCACAUCCUAUUCCAGCACUGUAUCAUUGUUAACACAGGGACUAGAUUCUGUAUCUUAGUUAGAUCCUGCAUUAGCCACUGUUUUAUCAUCACUUUCCUCACUCACAGUCACCCACACACUCACUCACUCACUCACUCGGUAGUAUAAGAUUCAUUUCUCUUUGUUGUUGUCCCAUUGUGUUGUGUGUGAAUAUCCCAAACAGAUGGGUGGAACUGGUCACUUGCAUGCUGACUUUUUAAUAUGAAAUACCAAUGCAGUCAGCUCAGUCCACAUCAUUGCUUCAAUUUUGCUCUUUCCUUCUUUCUCACAAACGUCACUAUGAGAUUCCUAUCACAGGGUGAAGGGGAAAGAAAAGCACUCCUCAUGCAAGUAGCUCAUCCUUCUAUUGUUUGCCCGCUGUGGUUACUUGAAGGAAAAGCCCUUUUCUCAUUACUCAGUGUUUUUCAUCGUUAUCAUGUCAGCUUAUUCACAAGCAAUGCUAAGCCAAAACCAUAGUUUCGUGCAAAUGCGUGAGUGUCCCACAGAAAGCUGCUUUGCUCCUCUGGUCCUGCUGCUGUGAUGUAAAGCCAUGGUGUGUUAUCUGAGCCAAGGUUUUUGGUUUGUCUCAUUCCCCACAAACCAUGGGCUGUUGCCAGGAUUUGCCUUUGAGUUUACAGUGGCCAAGAUCUCCUCUCUGGGAACCUUCACACUUGUGCAUUUGUGUCAAGCCACACAGAAGCCUUCUCCACCCCGUCUGUCUCUGUCUGUGUGUGUAAACUGUUCCCCAUGAGCGUCCUUCUAUCCAUGAGUGAUGAACUUUGAUGCAGGAAGGUAGCAGGCAGGCUCUCUUCCAAGCCCCUGUCAAUCAGCUGUCCUCCAUAUCCUUUUCCUCAUCAAAACUGAAGUAGGUUUAAUUUAAAUUGGAUGAAAAUUUCUUCCUAAGUUAUAACUCACAUUCGCUCACACACUCACUCAGGGGAUCACUUGCCCUAGUGGAAAUAUACAAAGUUCGAAUGCAUUCAAAGGAAGGGUGCAAUAGAGGUGGGGGAAAUCUAACCUGGCUUAGUAAAGAGAAAGGUCUUCCACAUUUCAGCUUCAUUUAUGAUUUAUAUUCUGAUCUCAUGGAAAUUUAAACUGCGGGAGUAAUGAUUCCUUCUUUAUAAAUACAGUGCUUCUUUUAGGACUUAUUAUUUACAAGACGUCGUUGAAUGCCAGGGUAUGUAUAGGGAACUCAAUAUAUAUAUUUUUCUCUCCUUUACCUGUAGUCCCAAUGUGUGUGCUGUGCUGAAGCUCAUGGGAACAAACCAGAAAUACUUGCCAAACUGCAAAAUGUGGUACCAUAGGAAAAUCUGCGGCAAAUCAACGUAAGUACUUGAGUGGUUUGAAGAAAAUACAGUGCUGUGAAGCAGAUGGGUCUCUGGUGGUUUUGGGGUGCUGUGUGGCAGGUGUCCUGUGUUUCUUGUUACCACCAGGCCAAACAUAGUUUGCCAGCUUUGCAGCUGCCCUGUUUUCAUAGUACCAGGCGUGCUGUAAAAGCAAGAGGUCUAUCAAGCCCCUGAGAAGCAGAAGACACUUUGGGGUUUCCUUUCUCAGAAAUCUGCAGCAAACCAUAGUGCCAUUUCCAACUCAGGUCUACAAACCAGAUUUUGUCUUUGGUUUGCUAUCCUGCUUGCAGGAUACACCAAGAUUGGAGGAAGUCAAUCGCACUGCACGAAUGGCAGCACAUUAUCCUAAAUUCUCCCUUUCCCCUUGGGAACGGUCAUUGCUCAGUAGUAAAAUACAUGCUUUGCAUACAGGAGGUCCCAGGUUCAAAUUCCAACUAUCUGCCCCUAAGACUGAGAAAGCCCCCUGUCUAGGGAAUUGAUGCCUGUCAAUGUAUGCCGUAUUGGAUUAGAGUGGCCAUGCUUCAAGUAAGUCAGUUUCCUAACACUGGUUUACUUCUGAUCCACCCUUAUAUAAGAACAUAAGAAGAGCCUGCUGGAUCAGGCCAGUGUCCCAUCUAGUCCAGCAUCUUGUUCUCACAGUAGACAACUAGAUGCCUCUGAGAAAUCCAAAAGCAGGACUUGAGCACAAUAGCACUCUUCUCUUCCUGUGGUUUCCAGCAACUGGUACUGCCUCUGGUGCUCCUAAAUCAUUGCUUUGCAAGUUUUAGGGACCUUCUUAAAACCUGCUUUGUGUCUUUAAAUUGCUGCUCUGACCUGCAUCUCCCUGAAAGAUGGUGAUUAUGUGACUCCUUCUGGCAGAAUAACAGAAUUCCAAAUUUGCAAAUCAAUUUGUACGCCUGGUCAUUCAUAUGCUAAAAUAAACAGUCCUUAGAUAAUGUUGUCUCAAUAAUGUUCUGUUGACCUAAAAAUAUUUUCUGGGGAAAACAUGCAGCCACAUAUGAGAAGCUUUUCUCAGUGUGGGCAUCUGCACUACUGGAUGUGCAAGGCAUCCAAUUUUAUGUAGCAUUUUGAAUUCAUGGAGCCUCUUGAGUCUGGAAAGAGCUAGUGAGAAUGGGGAAUGGAUGUGGUUGUUGUCAGAGGCAAGUUAGUGGACUGGAUAGGUUACUGGGUGACCCAGUCUAUUUGCUCUUAACUAAACUUGAGUUUAGUUGAUUUACAUAGCACCUCCAUGUAAAUCAGACACAAGAUUUAUCAUGAUAAUCCCUUUUCCUGGGAUUAUCCCUUUUACUGCAUAGCACAGUGGUCUCUUCUCUUCUUUUGAAUUUAUUGAUGGUAAACUGAGGGGUGCUUUCUGGGGAGAUCAUUUCCUUGUAGAGAAAAUGAUUCACACUGUCAUGUAUGAAAGACAUUGCAAGCCUGUUUUGUCAUAAUUACAUGGGUUUGUGUAGAUCAAGCGUAUGCAAAACUAUCCGGCCUUUGUUUGCAGCCCCUUCAGUCGCACGAGGAAGACUUUCAAAUCAGUCCGAUGCCUGUCCCUGCAGAUGUUAGCAUUCAAUAAACCUUGCAUAAAGCACCCUAGGAAAGUGGCCUCAACACGUCCUCUGGAAGGGGCAGUCUGCACCUAAUUAUGAAUGUGUGCAGUGCUGGCUGGCUGCCAGGCAUGAGUUGAAGCCUGCUAGUCUUCCAGGAAAGGUGUAACCUCCACGGGGUCACACAAGCUCCAGGAAAAAAUGAAAUUUGGGGAGGGUGGGCAGAGGGCAGAAUGAAACAGUCUUUUUAAAGUUCAAGGAAGACUCCAGACAGCUAAAUUCACUUGACUGACUGUUACGUUUGUCAGCAGUAAGUGUAAUUUUCUAGAUAUGCUUAGACAAAUGCAGGAAUUGCAGCAACAAUUUUCCAGGGAAACAGAAGUCACAAGUUAUGUGACUAAGUAUCUCCUUAGAGGUGGGAAAUGACAUUGUCUCACAGCAUUUUAAAAACUCAGUAUCAUAUGGUGAAAAGAGUGUUUAGCUAAAAUUAAAGGCACAGAGUAUUUCUCAGGGAAAGGGUGAAAACUCUAUCCCUCACCCCACCCCACCCACUUUUUAAAAACUAGGAUUUUUACCCCAAUGCAGACUUAGGACCAAUUUGAAUGUUACCAUAACAGUGUGCUUGCUAUUUCUGCAUAGUUGGAAACAGGGCUAGCCUAAAAUGGAGCAGAAAAUAUGGCUGCUCCCUCCACCAGUCAAGGUGCACAGUACCCAAGUCUGGAAAAAUUAUUUUGAAAUCAAAUUAUGUUGAUACAGGAAACCUCAGAAGAACCUCUCUCCUUCCCUGGCAGUAAAAAUACAAUAGCAAUAAAUUAAAUAAACUAUCCAUUUGCUGUCCUUCCACAAAACCUUCAAAUCCUCUACUUGAGGUGCUUACCUCACUCUGUCAUGUGGUUGGGCCGGUCCCAAAGUUCAUUGCUGGUGUGGAUAUUUAGCUUGCAAUCCAGCCAAACUUUGUGGAUAUUAAAUAUGCAAUUCAGCCAACCACUGUGGAGAGCAGAAUCCAGUAACUAGAGUAAGCAAGAAGAAAACAUUCUCUGUGAACGGAAGUGGGAAGGCUAUACUUUCAACCAAUGACAUUAAAAUUAAAAACGUAGAGCAAUUUCAAGCAGGCCAGCCACCAACCUAGAGCUGGACUGAGGAAUAGAAGAACAGUCAAGCAGUAUGGGAAUAGAUACAGUGCUAAAUCUAGCAUAUCAUUAGGCAUGCAUAAGCUCUUCAGUUUCAGUGGACUUAAGCAGACCUAACUUCUUGUUGGGUUUAGGCUGUAGGAAAUGAUUUCUUGACGGGAUUGUCAAGCAGCACAAGGAACCAAAUCCUUAUGGUGCUCAAAUAGAACUAUACUGCUUACAAAAGGAAAGUUGGAAUAUGUUUGUACUUUUUAAAAUUUUGAGGUGAUACAUAACAGCUCCCCCUCCUGUUCUCCCUACCGUCCUAUUAUCCAUGUCUUGCAAUAAUCAUGACUCUAGGUUGGUGCAACAGCAGAUGGCAAAGGAGGUUGGGCAACAUGCUGGAUGCAGCGACUUGCAAUGGUUCCAUCUCCCACUGUAUUGAGACACAUGCAAGAACUCAGGGACAUGACCUGGCAAUGCUUUUCAUAGGCCACUAUUUCUUAUGCAUCUGGGAACUCCCAUCAACCCAAGAUAGCAGCCAUAUUACUGUUUACAUGACCACUGAUCCCAUAAUGAUGAACAUGUGAGUCAGCCAUCCCUUAUCUUGCCAGGGACUGUUUUGCUUCUCACAUGUAUAAACAAAUCAGAAAUUGGAGUGAGUUUGGGAACUUGAUUAAGAAGUCCCUCUCUGAACUUUCCUUUGUUGACUGUUGAGUUGGAAAUCCAAAAGGCAUAAUGUUAGGCUUGAUAGGAUUUCAGUGUUGUUUCUUGCAGAUGGGCUUCAAAACAUGAACUCUUUUACUAAGUGAGCCUUAGGAAGUAGCCCUGAAAUUAUUAAUAAAAAGGGGGUUAUGGAAUGCAACAGGUAGAAACACGACAAAAGAAAUCUGGUUUUGUGCAGAGUGUAUAUUUUCCUUUCUCCCUCAAGCUUUGCCCUUCCCCAAGUUCCCUGCAAUGUCAGUCUAUCUUGCAUUUUUGGAGUAUCCCUGGUCCUUUAGUCAGCACAGUUUGUGGUUUCUCACUUCCUCUAUUAAGCCAGAUCGCGGAUGGGAUCAUAUGUCCAUUUACAGCAAGAGCGAGGUGGGAGGGGGCUCUAAUCUAAUGGUUAUAUAUGAUAUACCCAUUAUAUAUAUGAUAUACCUAUUAGCAUGCAAAUAAUCAUGUAAACAGAACUUUAAUAUCAGCUGCCGUGUGUGUGUGUGUGUGUGUGUGUGUGUGUGUGUGUGAAAAAUAGAGAACUUAAUUGUUCUCCAGCAGAAUAAACUGGAGAUUCUAUACUGCGCUUCUUUGUUGAUGGGAGAAGAGGAGGAAAAAAGGAUGGCUCUGACACAAGCCCUUUGCUUCCAUUCAGUUCCAUAAUGCAAUUACUCUUUGAUCCGAGAAGAAUGUGGCUGUCCAUACUGUGCAGCUGGAGGGUGUGUCUCUCAUCAUGUACAUAUUUUCCUUCAGCACGGAUUUGCAAACGCAUUUGUGAUGAGCCAUUGGGCUAAAAGGGAAUUUUAUGAUCAUUCAGCAAAAAUGUUGAUACUAGAAUCAUAGCAGUAAUUGUCUGUCUAGCACGGACUUGUCCAAGCUUUGAUGAAUUAGUAUAUUUAGAGGAGAGUGCCACGAUACGAGCAAACCAUUUUUGGGGACAUUGAGCUGGCUGUAAUUUGGGGGAUCAGUUGAGCAUUUCGAUUCUCCACAAUACUGAUAUGCAGGGGGGGGGGGUGCUACAAGGCAUGCUAGUCCUGCACUUGUCAGGACCAAAUUAGGUUGCACACCCCACAUAAAGAGGCUUCCUGCAUUUAUCCAUAUCCAUAUAGACCCACAGGAUUCAGCCCGCAUUAGAGCAUGCCUGAACAGGAAUGUCUUAAAGCACCUUCAACGUGCCAGCAGGCUUGGGUAAAUUUCUCAGGGCAGCCUUUCAUGCUUUAACUGUGUUCUUUGGUACAGAUACAUGAUCACAAAAUGCAUGUGCUGUGAAGCAUACACGUAUAUAAAGGCAACUGCCUUUAUAUGGAAGGAGCAACUGAGAAAUGACUAGGCUUCUGUUUCUGUGUAUUUUUAAGGAUUGUGAUGAUUUGUACAUUCUUGUACUCACUCGUCUGUACUGACAUGCUGUUUACAUAUUUUGCACUUGGAUAGAAAGAAUAACCCAGCCUGACCCCAACAAAACAAAUAAUACAACCCCAACAACAAAAUUACAUGGCAGAAAAGACCUUCUUCCUAGGUCCCUGCCUAGCUGAUCUCCCUAGCAUAGGGAGCUCAUAUGGGAAGAGAUGCUCUUGGGACAUUGCCAGUAGCACAUUGAGAGGUAUAUAGUGCACCUGCAGCUUGCUGAUGUUCAGAUGUACUUUAAAAGCAAACAAACCCCUGUAUCUCAGUCUCAAUUAUUUGGGCCAUCAAGUCAAGUAUAUCUGGAAUAAGACGUAGUUCAACAUUGUAUAGGAAGCUGCCCUAUGCCGUGUCAGACAAAUAGUCCAUGUAGGUCAGUAUUGCCAACACUGAUUGGCAGAGGCUUGCCAGGGUUUUAGACUGGGCAUUCCCAGCCCUACCAGGGCUUGACAGAAACUGAACCUGGGGCCUUCUGCAUGUAAAGCAGAUGCCCCACUGCUUAGUUACAGCCCUUCCUGAAUAUUUGGUUCAACUCUAUAAAGAGUUCUGUCUAUUGUUGUUGUUUUUUUUAAAAAAAUCUGUAUUCCACCCUCCCCUUCUAUUUUCAAACAAGAAGCUCAUUUCAACACUUGUCUACUGCAGAGUCUCAAUAGAGUCUAGCGGUUAUGAAUCACUGGCACAGACACAGCUAAUGUAAUUAGAAACAUUUGCCUCAACAGGGUUGCCCUCUCUGUGUUUCCCUCUGGAUGUCCUAUUGCAGACUAUUAAUUUGGAAGACAUUUAAAAUGUCUGCAAAGAAGAGUUGCUGAUGAUAGGUGUUCUCUCCUUCAUAUGUGAGGGUGGGAACAUCUGCCAGCCCAAAGAAUAUUAAGUUAGAUGUAUAGAAUGUGGGUUCAGAUCCCUGCUCAGCCACAAAGCCACUUUGGUUAAGCCUAUCUGGAAGAGCUGCCAAUAUAAUAAAACAAGUGGCACAUUAUGACAUGCUGUGUGUGAGGUAGCACACAGCCAAUUCUCACUCCUGUCACCAGGUGCUGUGGGGCUCCACCCCACACCAAGCAAUGGCACCAUGUGGCACUAGGGCUGUUGGUUGGAACUGUGGACGGUUGCAGCUGAGACAUUCACACAACAGAAACUUUGUGGCCCAAAGAGCCAGUCUCGUGCCCUUGCCUGAUUGGUACAUUUUUCCAUGCCUUCUGCAUUUAUUCAGUGUGGGCAACUUAUCAUUGAGGGAGUUACCAUUUUAUCUUUCUUUCCUGCUGGACAUUGGCCUCCAGCCACUUGCUUGCCAGCCUCAAAGUAUUUACCCUCCAGCUUUCAUAUCUGCUACAUAUAAAGCUCUCUGAAUCAUGACUUGUCCAUCAAGGUGAGCAACCAAAUAUGUUUAAUUACUGUUCCUACAGGUUUCCUGCAAAGCUGUUUGAUGCUCAACCAUCAUCUUUCUUUCUCUUGUGAACACCACUCGCCUCAUUAUUCUUGUGCACAUCUAAAAGCCCACUCCACAUAUCACUUGUGUGAAUUCUCCUACCCUGCCAGCCCAUUUGAUGAUAUUCACAAUGAUCACCAAAGCAUUAUAACCAUCUCCAUUCCUACCAGCCUUCUUGGAUGUUACGUUCUGCAGAGGUGGCUUUCUUAGUAGUUCCACUACCCUUAGAAUAAUAUUCUAAAAUGUAUGCAUAGUUGUAUGUGUUGCGUGGCAAGGUCCCAAACCCUCCUGGGAAAUGGAAUAAAGAAACAUGAAACAGUAUUUUAGGUUAAUGGGUGAAAAAGGCCACAACUUUAUUGGUUACAGAAUGUGAGUGGUACUUUUUUCCCAUAACAUUUGAAGAACUGCAAAGCUAGAGUAUAACUGUGUUUUGAUCUCUAUAUUAAACUGGGAAGUGCAAAUCAGAAGGGCUUGCUUAAAAAUGUGGGCCAUAAAAUAAAAAAAUCCUUGGGCACCCCAAAAAUCAGCUACUUUGAAAUAUGUAUGGUAGUUGAUGUGAAGACUUCACUCUGCUGCCUUCAUAAGGCACAGGACAUUCUUUUGGAUAUUCAGCAUUUUGAAUGUGCUCUUAUGUUGGAAGUAGAUCUGAUACAGAAGUUGGUUUGUAUAAUUGUCAGCCUAUGUUUGGAUAAGUUGUGGAUAAAUUGGCCUUAGAGCAGAGGCAGCUUAUGUGACAUCAUGGUGUUUUAUUAACUGUACAGUGAAAGCAGAGCUCUGUUUGGUUAAUUAUGUAACUUUCCAGAGUUGGAUACUGCAGGGAAAAGGAAGAUUCCCCCCCACACCGCCCCCGCUGAUAGAUUUAUAUGUGCUUUAUGUUUUGUUUUGCCCGUUCCAUAGCCAACCUGGAAUUAUUUGACAGCCUGCCCCACAGAAAUGUAAACAAGAAUAGCUUUGCAACUUGAUAAUUAGAAAUGAGAUUUCAUAAAACUAGAAGUGGGUGGUUUGUCCCUUCUGUCCUUAGGGCUACUACAGACAAGCACCACUGAUUCCCUUCCCUUCUACAGUCAUGCACUUUGGUUCUUGAACAUGUACAAAAAAUAAUCUGCAUAAUUUUAUUUCUGCUUUAGGCAUCCUUAUACUGCUGCUGUUUCCUGAAGCUCAUGGGGCCACCACUGUGCUCACAGACAAGUCAGGUUCUUGUGUGGACUGCCAUGCCUCCACUGGAGGAGUGCGAGAGUGGCUGCCAUUAUUUACGUCCUUGCGGAUGUGGCUCCAUUGUUCACAUCCCAGCCCAGGGGCAGCCCCGUGAGCUUGCAAGGCAACUAAUGAACCAGCCCUGCAGCUGCUGCAGCCACAGACAUUGUAGCUGCUGUCUCUAUGCAAAGCACUUAUCGUCAUCAGCAAAGCUUCUUUAUGUUGUCAUGUAUUCAGGUAUGUGGUUUCAUGAAGAACACAAUGGUUACUUGUUUGUGUGGGAACCAGCCCUUGGAGUUUCAUGAUAUUAGAUCCUUUUUUAAACAAACAAACAAACAAACAAACAAACAAUGUGCUUCAUUGCUGUUCUCCUGUUACUUUUGAAUUUAUAUCCUUUUUUAGCCACAUGAAAGGAUUUUUCCAGCCUUGGGGUGGGUGGUGAUGAUACUGUUUUUGAAAUCAAAAUAUGUGGAUUUUGUUACAACAAACUAUUACUCAUGGAUCUUGACCAGUCCGAUAUGUUUAAGCUUAUUUUUAUUACUUCAAAAUUUCAUUUUAAAUUAACUCUCAGAUGCUAAGAAUAACUGGGAGGGGAAGCAAUGGCCAAUACAAGCAAGGAUUUUCCACACAUUUUGAAGUCAACCUCUGAUUUACUAAUGGAAAAAGAUUUCCCUUAAAACCACCCACCAAAUAAGGCAGGAAAUGUGGGGUUAGAAGCCAUUUGAGUAUAUAGGACAGACACUCAUGGUGUAAGCAGGUACUUAUAGGGGAGUUGUUGACUUAGUUACAUCUCAGUGGAGCCAAACAUUCAAAUUAUCACUCAUUGCUAAUCAGACAUCAUAGGCACAGUAUAUAAAUGUAUCACUGUUCACAGAAUAUACUAGUGAUUUGUGCAGCUUGUUAAUUCUGAACACUGGGUCCAGUGGUCCUCUAGGAACUGAAUUUGGUGCUUUCAUUUCAUUUAAUUGCUGGAAAAAAAUGAUGUUUCUGUAACCUUAAGAAAGAAAAACCUAACUUUUCUAGCCUCUGUUAGUUUGUAUGGAAGCAGAAGAGAGCAAAAUCUGUUUAGAAUAUCCCAGAACAAUUGGGUAAAUAAAACAUAACAAUGUUUUUAUAGAAAGAAUGUGAAGAAAAGAGGCAAAUAGUGUAGAGUAAUUAUGGGUAAUUAUCACCCUUACAUGCAUUUUGCUUUGUGUACACACAGAAGAAUUGUGUGUCCAAUCAUGGGAGACAAUUUGUAUUCUUGUAUUAUUUGAAGUGUUCAUUUGAGAUGAUUUACUUACUUCUGAUGUGUAUGGGCUUUGGAAGAGUGAUGAGUGGCCAAAUAUGAUUGUUAUCGUGAUUGGUUAUGUUGAGCGUGCUCCAACUAUAGUUAGUUAUACACUGCAAAACCCACAAAAGGUGAUUGAUUUUAUGAUAAAUUGGGGGGAAUUUUACUGUUGCUUAGCCUAUGACUGAGAGAGGCAGGCUGACCGAUUCAAAAUAAAUAGGGAGUAGAGAAGAUCAAAAAUAUUGCUUUGUUUUUGUUAAUGUUUUAUUUAAUGGUACAUAUUUCUGGGAGCCAGGAGUAACCCAGAAACCAGAAGGUCAGUGCUCAGUAACCAGCAUAUCAGGCUGAGAAAGGAGGCAGGAGCUAAACCCAAGGAAGGAGGGAAGGGAGUCAGAGGAGAUAAGAUUCUGACCCUAGUGGUCUGGAAACCAUCAAGCUAUUACUCAAAAGCAACCUUGCUAUGACACAGGGAACUCAAUGCAGCACAGAGUUGGGCUGAUCUGAGACCACAAUAUAAUCUACAAGAAAGGCUGAUUAGAGCCCAAACCCACUACAGCUUGAACUGGGAAUGUCUGAACAGCUGAUCUAAGUGCUUGCCUUGGCUGUGAUGAUGUGCUGCAGCAGACGUAAUCAACAACUGUAUGGUCACAGGCUGCUCUGUUUGCAGAUAAAUGUUUGGAGGCUGGAAGCACCGUAUAUUUUGCUGUACACACUGGCUUUACCAUUGGGUCAAGGAGAAGCUCCUUUAAGAGAUGGGCUGGAAGCUGCAAGAAGUGAAGGGGUGUGAGCAGCUGCAGAGAGAGGGAAUGAGGUGGGACGGGAUCAACCCAAAUGGAAGUCUCCUGCAUUAAAUCAACAAUGAAAUGCUUCUCAACCAGGAGCAACUGGGGGGAGAGGCAUCCCCAGAACUCUUGGCAGCAGUAUCACUGCUGCAUAUUGCGGUGGUUGAACAAAAGACCACAACACGAUGGCCAAUAACAAUGGCACUAAACACUAUUUAUAGACUAAUGCAAAUGAACAGAAAUUGCAACCAAAGUCUCUAAAUCUUCUUCACCAGUCGUGGUAGAAUCAUACAAAAGUUUGAUAUAUUCAUAAUCUGCCACCAAAUAUCGCCGGAACAGAAAUUAUUAAUUCUUACAAGUCUGGCUGAUGAAGAAUUGAUCAAGAUUGGCUGAUGAUGCAUUGAAUGAAACAGAUUGGGUUAUCCAGAAACUCUGUUCCGGCGAUAUUUGGUGACAGAUUAUGAAUAUAUCAAACUUUUGUAUGAUUUACCACGACUGGUGAAGAAGAUUUAGAGACUUUGGUUGCAAUUUCUGUUCAUUUGUAUUAGUCUAUAAAUAGUGUUUAGUGCCAUUGUUAAUGGCCAUCGUGUUGUGUCAUUUUGUUCAGCUUGUCUAUAUUGCAACACAAGGGUCUGUUUAUGGCAUAUUGCGGUGGGGCAGGGUGUCAGCGAGGUUGGGGUGCUGCAGACACUCCCACCAGUAUACCCAGACCACCCCAAACUCACUACCAUCUGGACCUGCAAUUGUAGCAUGAUGAUAAGCUGCUUGCCAGCACAGAGGUGGAUCGGGAUAUGGAGCACACAUUCACAGACACAGCAUUACUCAAAUAUGUACACCUUAGCUUUACAUACCAGAUUCAAAAGCUAUGUGACAUAACUAUAGCGGCUUAUAAAUUGUUGCUCUUAGUUCUUUCAGGCCUCUUGCCAGUUGCUUUGAAGCUGAGGUCACUUCCACCGCUUCCCCUACCCUCUGCAGGGUCUUCCCAAGGAGAUCCGUCCACGUUUAGACUGCCCUCCUGAGUUUUGUGUACAUUAGGUUCCUGGCCUAUUAGCCGCACUUCAUUAACCUCCCAUCUCUCUAUAAAUAAGCCUUUGGGAAACGACGUCAGUUCUCGAGAAUUCUUUAGGUUAAACUUUGGGUGGACUUGCCUUUAAUCAUUUCUUUGUGUUUAUUCCAGUUUUGAACCAAAGUGCUGUCUAGACUUUGAGAGAAUAUACAAUUGGCUCUUUUGUGUCCAAAAAGAACAAUUAAGGAAUACAAAGUAUGUGUGUGUGGUUUUUUUCUAAAGAGAAAGUAGGGUAGAUGAGAUUGAAAAGUUGUACCAGUGGGGUGUUGAGAUCUCUAGAAGUCAAAGAAAGCUAUUUAGCCAUUUCCCACAUGGAAUAUAUAAUGUCUAGACAAUCAGUCUGGAUUUUUUGGUGUAAUAUUGCUUGGAAACUAUGACACAUAAUUUAUUUGCUUCUAUAACUCAUGUACAGGUAUUUGCUACAUGCUAAAUCUUAAUUACCUUGAAGAACUUUGUUUCAUUCAAUAGUUUCCCCUGUUCAUUUUUAUGACAUAUGAAAUAGUUUUACCCUUGACCUCCCUCCCCAGAAUAUAUAUAUAAAGAGAGGGAUGUGUGUGUGUUUUCUUGGGUAUAAUUCCUUUCAACCAAUUUUACAACUCAGGUCAGCAGUCAACACACUAUUAUUCUUUGCAUUUUUGUCAUGGAAUUAAAUUGUCCAGUCUCUUCUAAAUGUUGUAAAGCUAGAAAUAAUACAACCCUGGGGAAAUCAUGAACCUGCUUUCCUUAUGAAUAUUAAAGCAUGGUCUGUUGCUGCCUUUAAAAAAAAUUGCAUUAAUGUAGGAAGCAUUUUUUGUAAAGUGAAAAAAAAAAGUUGGUACAUAAAUUGUAGCUUAAUUAAAGUGUGGUCUACUAUGGUGACUUCAUUUAAUAGCAUUCAAGAGCAGAGAAAGAGCAAGCCAAGAGCUAUUAAAUCUAUCAGACAGUUCAUUAGUGUGUGCAAUUGACCAGCUUCUGUUUUUUCUCUAAAGCUUCUGAACACAACUAAUUGGCUUAGCUGCUUGGUUUAUAUCACAGAGGAGCAUUUGCUGCUUUACUUAUCUUUCUGCUCACAACAUAAUUGAUGUGUCCCCUGUGCCCAUCCAAAUAAGUACAGAGGAUAAAUGAGGCCAUCUACAUUGAGGGAAUAAUUAAUUCCUAAUGUUUAAGGCUGAGAGCUCUAAUUUGAUCCAAGAAAGCAAAAAUUGUGUCUCAAGGAGAGAAGUAUUAUUCCAGAACUGGUGGGCCCAUGAGAGAAAACACUAGGUUGCUUCGUUAAGAUAAUAAACAUAAUGGAAUUACAAUGUUAUCCAAACAAUGAUUAAAUGUGGUGUACAAGGCCAGUGGUUCCCAAAAUAUCUUAAUCUGCUAACAAAACACAGCACUUGCAACUUCAUUCCUUUUAAAGUGGACACAAAAGACUGUUACCAAACACUCUGCUUGUUCUUCAAGAGGCUCUGUACACCACAGCUAAACAAAGUAAUUGAGAGCCACAACCCCAUACAUUGAUUCUUAGAAGUAAGCAACACUGAGUUCAGUAGUACAUAGUCACAGCUAAGCAAGUAUAGAACUGCAGCUUAACAUUUUUAAGAUUUAAGAAGAAGUAGUGGAUUGCUGGAAGCUCCAAGGCAGAGGUGAGGCACCUGUGGCCCUCCAUAUGGUGUUGAACUACAAUCCCCAUCAGCACCAGUCAGUAUGACCAAUAGUCAGGGAUGAUAGGAGUUGUAGUCCAGAGAUAUCCCUGCCAUAAGGUUUUCUCCCUCUUGGACUACUGCAAUGCACUUAUCCAUGAGGAUAAGACUGAUACUAUUACACUGGCCAUAGCAAAAUUUCUCUUAGAGGGCUAAAGUUCCUCUGUUGGCCAGUAAGGCUACCCCUACAGCUUAAUAACUGCUGAUAUAUACCAUAGCUGUACUGUUUAUUUUGGGUCUAUGGACCGCAAUGAAGCCUAUGUGUAUGUGAAUAUAGAUUGUCUCAGUUUCUGUGUUUAUACACCCAUGAAGGUGAUGGAUGGUUGGUGAAGGACCCUGUGUGAGAGAUAGGAAAGUGAAGAUCUUCCAGGGUGGGAAACUGGGGGAAGAAUGGGCAGCUCCCAGAUGAGAGCUGGGAGGGUCCACCUCGUUCUGUGUGAGACAAGGAUUAAGAUCUACCUUAAAGUGAUGACUCUGUACUUUCUUUUCUCUUUUUCUUUUUCUUUUUAUUUAGAUUUUUUAAAUUGUAUUGUAUUAUGAAAAGCCUUAAUAAAAUUUUAUGGGGGGAAAGGAUUGUGUUUACCUGUUUUUAUGGUGAGGAAGUGGUGUAUGAAUGGAACCUCAUAGGUUGUUGCUGUGAUUGUGAUGUCCAAUUUUGGGUGUUGUCAUGAUGAGAAUUGCAAGUAGAAAGGUAAUUCCAGUUCAGGUAGGUGUGAGCAUGAUUACAUCUCCAGCUGGGAAACUUGACUUGUAUGAGCCAUCCCUAUAAUUGCAGGCAAGCCUUUGGACCACAAUAUAAAGCUUAUAUAUGAACGGUAGUCAAAUGCAUAGAAUGGGGGUACCUGUGCUACAAUUUAAAAAGUCACAAAAGUCACAGUACUGCCUGAUUAAUCUGUGCUACUUAAAGUUGUGUGUCCGAUUGCCACCCCAUGCUCCAAAUAGCCUUCAUGUGAACAACUAGCAUGUCAGGGAGGAUUACAACCCAGCCUUCUACUUCUAAUUUUCUACACACACACACACACACACACACACACACACACACUGCAUCAUUUAAGCAUCAUUUGUUACGAUUUACUUUAAAUUACAAACAACCACACCCAUAAAUCAGUAAAGAAACUAUCAAAACAGAGCGAAUGAAACAGCAUAAAAGGCUGAAAAACAGUUAACUUAAAUGCUUCAGCAAAUAUUCAUUGGCAGAUUCAUCACCUGAUAUGCUUGUGACAAACAGCUCACCAUUCAUGCAGAUAAUGUGAUCUUCCAUCUAUAGUAUGCUGUGGUAUGGUCUUUUGGAGCUCUGUGCCAUGCAACCAAUUGAAAUUGGCAUGACAGCUAGCCAUUGCUUUGACUAUGCUGCAUUUCUUUCUCGCUGCAGAAUGAUUACCUACGAAUGUUGUCCAGGAUAUGAAGAAGUUCCAGGGGAAAAAGGCUGUCCAGCUGGUAAAUCAAUUGAAGUACAAACUAAUACCUUGUGCGAAUUUGGGAUGGUGUGGGAACGUCAGUGUAUACAUUGAUUCAGCCAGUGAGCCUCACAGGUAGCUUUCAGUGAGGAGGAGAUGUCUUGCCUAGUAUAGUUUCCAGAAAUUAUGAUGGGAGUAGCAGCAGGUCAUUUAAUCCCCAGGCUGCUUUACUCAUUACAUUUUGGGAGUACAGAAUGCAGCCAGUAACCAACAAGGCAAAUUCAGUGUUAGUCAUAUGCAGACGAGAUCCAUUGAAAUCAAGGCACUUAAGUUACUUAGGAUUGUUGAUAUAAAUGGGUCAACUAAUAUUGGAUAUCACUCUAGAUGUAGUUCACUGAUUAAUGAAUAUGUGGUGAGCUACUACUCUUCUGGGCCCAAAUUAUAUCUUGCCAACAUCUUAAAAUGAGCAUGGUGCAGGCGAGUUCCUAAUAUUCAACCCAAACCUUCCUUGUCCCCAUCAUUCCUGUCACCAUUGGGGUUGCUGUUGAUGUCUGCAUGCAACCUAUUCCUUCCAUAGGCAAGCACUCUUGGCAAUUCUGCUCAUAUUUCUUUCCCUCCCCCCUAGAGUUCCCAGAUCCCAUUAUUCCCCAUUUAUUAGUGACUAUUACUCAUGAUGGCUAUCUGGAAUGUAGGGUGGCAUGAUGACUACCUGAAAUCAAGGGCAGCAUGCCUCUGAACAUGAGCUACUUGGGGAAAGCAAGAGGGGUGGGGUGUUGCAUUCUGUUCCUGCUUGUGGGCUUGCAAGAAGCAGCUGGUUGACCACUAUUAAAUUUUUUUGAAAAAUUAUAUACCUCCCUUCAUUUACAACAUAAAACAUAAUGCGCAAUGUAUGUCAGUAUAUAAUAUCCAUACAAUACAAAACAGCCAAAUAAAUACAUUUCAUAAUAAGAAGCAAUAUCAUGGUACCUAAUAUAGAACAGGCAUCAUGGAUACAUAUUAAGCAGCAAUAUCAAAUUAGACACAGUUACUUACUUACUUCACUGAACCUUUAUACAAGUAUAGGCCAUCAUAAAACAUCCAUAUAUAAAAAAUUAAAAUAUAUACAAAUAGCCAUUUGAAAUAUGUAGUAGCGAGGAUUUUCAUGCUCUGCGUCUUCCUUCCCAUCGCAAAACACCCUCAGGGUGAGUAGAGUCCAGUUUGUCUGCCUCUGCAGCAGUAGCUGCUAAUAAGCAAUGUCCUAUGCACCAAGUUGCUAGUAAAUUAGCAUUAAAAGUUAAGCAAUCUUAGAGGGUAGCCUCAGUUAUAAGGGGCAGGGAGUAUGAGGUUUGAACUUCACCUCCCUUUUCUUUUCUCGAUAACCUGGCUGCGAGUAAGUCUGUCAUUGCUGCCAAUAUGUUUCCUUGUCACUGCCCACAGAGAGCCCAGAAUUGCCAAGCUUUAUCCUUUAUUAGGAAUAAAAUGCUGGACCAGGUGGAACCUUGAUUUGAUGCAGCAAGGCAGUUAAGUUCACUGUAUCCUGCACAAACAUAUCUAUUGUUAUCUCAGUUGCCUCCUCCAUGCCUUCUGUCAUGUCUGGAACAUGCUGCACAUUACUCUCUAGUACAGUGGUACCUCUGGAUGCGAACGGGAUCCGUUCCAGAGCCCCGUUCACAUCCUGAAGCGAACACAGCCUGCGUCUGCGGGUCACGAUUCGCUGCUUCUGCGCAUGCGCGUGACAUCAUUUUGAGCGUUUGCUCAUGCGUGAGCCGUGAAACCCGGAAGUAACGCGUUCUGUUACUUCCGGGUCGCCGCGGAGCGUAACCUGAAAACACUCAACCUGAAGCAUAUUUAACCUGAGGUAUGACUACAUGUAACGGUAACAGGACAGACCUUUUUUCUUUUUUGCCAAUGAGGGUGUGAUUUGCAGCUGAGAAACAGCAGGAGAGGAUAAGGGUGCUUAACCCUUAUCCACACGCAGACUGCCGGCUGCAAAUUGUCCCUCCAAGUGACUUCCCUGCCACCAAAUUGUGUCAAACAUGCAUUUUCUAGGGCAGAUGUGAACAUGCCCUUGAAAAUGCAUAGGGAACAAGAAGAAGAAGAGUUUGGAUUUGAUAUCCCGCCUUUCACUCCCCUUCAGGAGUCUCAAAGCGGCUAACAAUCUCCUUUCCCUUCCUCUUCCACAACAAACACUCUGUGAGGUGAGUGGGGCUGAGAGACUUCAAAGAAGUGUGACUAGCCCAAGGUCACCCAGCGCCUGCAUGUGGAGGAGCGGAGACGCGAACCCGGUUCCCCAGAUUACGAGACUACCACUCUUAACCACUACACCACACUGGCUCUCAAAGGCUGCUUAGAAGAGCAGUUUCACAUAGGAAGAUAGUACGUGGAGAAAGGGUGAAGUUCGCUUUCCCCCUGCUAUUUCUCCACUCGCAAAGCAGCUUUUUCAGUUUUAAAAAAUGGGUCAUUGGGCGAUUCUUAGAAGCAUUUCCAUGUAAUAUGCAUUUUUAUGGUGAAGUAGGAAAUGUUAUGAUUAUGCUACUGGCUUGUCAAAGUGAAAUGUCAUCUGUAUUAUUAUUUUUAAACAGCUUUGCCUCUUUCCAACCUAUACGAAACACUUGGAAUUGUUGGGGCCUCAACCACACAGCUCUACUCUGCCAGCUCUAACCUGAGUGCUGAAAUCACAGGCCCUGGAAGCUACACAAUCUUUGCCCCAACCAAUGAAGCCUGGGCAUCCUUGCCUGCCGUAAGAAUAAGUGCUUCUUCCGUUUCCAAAACUUGAAUGUGUUGAGGAAAUAAUGAAAAAUAGAGGUGGUCUAUCCACAAAGUGGGUAGGACACAGUAAGAAGAUUGGAAUCAUUAUUUUAAAUGAAGGAAUAAGAAUAUUCAGACACCAUGAUUAAACAUCAAAGGUAAAGGUAAAGGUACCCCUGCCCGUACGGGCCAGUCGUGUCCGACUCUGGGGUUGCACAUCCAUCUCGCUUAAGAGGCCGGGGGCCAGCGCUGUCCGAAGACACUUCCGGGUCACGUGGCCAGCGUGACAAAACUGCUCUGGCGAGCCAGCGCAGCACAUGGAAACGCCGUUUACCUUCCCGCUAGUAAGCGGUCCCUAUUUAUCUACUUGCACCCGAGGGUGCUUUCGAAUAAGAAUAUUCAGACAGCAUGAUUAAACAUCAUUAUACGUAUAUUCACAUUUAAAAAUUGUUAUAUAUUAUUUCAUCGUUACCUUUUCUAAUGUGUUGUUUUGUUGUUCCGUAAACCACCAUGAUAUUGCUUUGAAAUGAAAGACAAUAUACAAAUUAUUUAAAUAAAGGAACUAUUGGGAUCACACUUCCGGAGCUCAGGUCCUACUUGAUGGCUUCUCAUAGGCAUCUGGUUGGGCACUGUGAAAGCAGCAUGCUGCUCCACAUGGGCCUUUGGCCAAAUCCAGUAGGGCUCCUAAUUGCAUGUCAAGACCCCCUUAUAAUAACACCUGGACACAGUAUUUUGGGUUAAUGGGCAGAUAAAGGCCACAACUUUAUUGGUUACAGAAUGUGAGUGGUAUUGGCUUAGACACUGGAAUUGUACCGACUAUAGCUGACUCCUGCCUGCCAUGCAGGUAAUCCAGUAAGGGUCAACCACCAAUAGGGGGAGUCCUGUUGGGGUCAUGGCAUGGCCCUAGCCCCUACCUGGGCUUUGGACAAGAUCCACACCCCUGGAUCCCUUUAACCGAACACCCUUAAAAAUAGAGGGGCAGGUGAUGGCGACACCUCCCCUCCCCCAAACCAGGUUUUACCAAUGCCUAACCGCCAAACCUUACAAAAGUUGUGACGAUUGCUACGAGGUAGGUGAAAACAGGGAGAUCCCUGGCCGUAUGGCUGCUUAAAUUAGCCAAGUCACGCCCCCCCCCCACCAGCCGGAUUGGCUGGCUGAGGCCGGGACGUGGCUGGAGACUCCCCAAUGACCCGGGAGCUUGGCCCUGCUGUGUGCAGGAGGGCACGUGGCCUGCCCGCAACACUGCCCCACCAGUGGAGCAGCUUUCUAAUCUUAGUUGCUCAAGCUCCCAUUCUGUGUUCUUUAAUCCUUGCAACUUCCAAGAGCACUCCUGCUUAUCUUUUAUCCUGUUUCUUUUCCUGUGCCUCCCAUAGCUAUUCAUAAGAGGGAUGAUUAGAUGAAAUUACUUCUCUUGAAGCAGAAAAUACGAAAGGCUGCUAGUAGCUGAAAGCAAGAUCUAGAACAACCUUUCUCAACCUUGGGUCCCCAGAUGUUGCUGGAAUACAGCUCCUAUCAUCCCUAGCUAGCAGGACCCCAGUGGUCAAGGAUGUUGAGAGUUGUAGUUAGCAGCAUUUGGGGACCCAAGGUUGAGAAAAGGCAUUGUAUAAUUUUAUUCACAGUGGGCUCAGUUCAUUGGAUGGGAGCUGUGUAGUGCAAGUAACACAACUGCUAGCUUGAGGAUGCAUUCCCCUUUCACCUGGGGAGCUGUAAACAAGAAGCUGCAGUUAAGGAAUCUUCCCAGCAAUUGUAUGUUGUUCCACUGACAAGAGUUGUUAGCCCUCACAAUAGGGGGGGGCAGUUGCAGUCCAAGCAUAUUUCCUUCCUGCUUGCGAGGUAGAAGCAGGUAGAAAUAGUCAGGUACUAUUAGUCAAGCAUUGACAUCUAUGGCUUUGUGAGAAUAAACUCAGUGGAACUGAGUAUUUGGUCCCAUUUGCUUUUUCUCAGGAAAUGUUGGAUUCUUUGGUGAGCAAUGUUAACAUUGAGCUGUUAAAUGCUCUUCGCUACCAUAUGGUGAAUAAACGAGUUCUUACGGAUGAUCUGAAACAUGGAACAACUCUCCCUUCAAUGUACCAGAAUAUUGAUGUACAGAUCCAUCAUUAUCCAAAUGGAGUGAGUAUUUGGUAAAACUGCAAGGAAAACUGAAACUACAAGGGCAAUUGAUAUGUACCAAAUAUUAUUUAAAGAGCUCAGGAUAUUAUUUUGCUUCUAUUUUAGAUGGCCAACUUAAUUGUUCUGUCAGAUGUAUUAAUAUGAACUGGCUUUUCCCAAUAUAAGGGGUGGGUGAUAUAACUGAAGGCUUGGGGCCAGCCACCAUUAUGGCCUCAUGUCCGGGAAAUCAGUUGACACUUUUAAAAAUACGAAUAAAUGAGUAACUUAUUUAUUGACUUAUUAAAAGGAUGAAACUGACUUUCAAACCACUAGGAUCCUUCAAGGUGGCUCUCACAGAUGCAUACAGACAACCUUUAGAAUUCUCCCUGUCCCUCUUAAGUACACAUAGACUUAAUGAUAGAGAAAAUGAUACGUGGAAUUCUUUAAACCAGCUAUUGACAUAUUAUUCCACUGGCAUAAUAUAAUAUGUUAAUCAUAUACUAGCUUUAGUUUUUUAUUUGUCUGGUCCCUGUGUUCCCCAGAUCGUGACAGUGAACUGUGCUAGGUUGUUGGAGGCUGACCAUCACGCCACCAACGGAGUGGUCCACCUGAUAGACAAAGUCAUUUCCACAACAACAAACAGCAUCCUUCAAAUUGUUGAGCUUGAAGAUACUCUUGAAACCCUAAGAGUAAGUCCAUUUCAAAUAUAUAUCCCAAUAUAUCCUUUGAUGCCCAUUUAGGGCGAAAUCACUUCCUUGAAAACCUAUUAACUUGUAUCCCUGCUGGAUUCCUUCCUUUCUAACAUGCCUAAUUCCGUUUCUUUUGUAUUUAUUCAAAGACUGCUGUGGCAGCUGCUGGUCUCGACAGUCUUUUGGAAAGUGAAGGCCAGUUUACAUUGCUGGCUCCAACCAAUGAAGCUUUUAAGAAGAUCCCACCAGAAACCCUAACCAGGAUCCUAGGAGACCCAGAAGCUCUGAAAGGUAAACAGCUGUGAAAAUGUCUAUUGUACAUAGAUAUAAUUUGUAAACCACUUUGACUUUUUUUCUACAGUCAAGUGGUAUACAGUGGGCCCUCUGGAUACAAACUUAAUUCGUUAUGGGGAUCCGUACGUACCCCAAAAAGUCCACAUCUAGAGGUGCUGCUUCUGUGCAUGUGAGCGGUGCUAUAGAGCGUUUCUGCACAUGUGUGCGCGGCGAAACCCGGAAGCAUACUGGAUAAAACCCGGAAGGGUCCACUGGAUAAAUUUUAUAAAAUAAAUUUUUAGAAAAAUCCUGAUUAGGAGGGCACUGGAGGUAGGGGAACAUCUUAGACUAUGUGUUUUGCCAGAAGUCUCCAGCUAGUAUAUGUGGUCUAAUGUUAGUAAUGAAUCUGGGUCAGAUGUAUUUCUGGAACUUUGCUAUACUUUUUCUUGUGUAAUUCACUGAUGAUUUUAUAACUUUGCCAUAUCUUGAAAGGCAAGGUUAAAUGUUAAUUUUUCAGGGGUAAGGGGUGGGGAGAAACUUAUAUUUCUGUAAUGGUUCAAAGUGACAUACCGCUGACCUCAAAUCUUUUCUCUCUGAUUUCUCUCCUUAAAGUUAGUAGCAGAUGGACAUUGUGGUGACCUUGACAGCUGCGUUGCUGCUGCUUACUGGGAAGGAGAAGGGGAGGGACAAGGUGGUGAAGUCCAACUGGUGCGUGUGUACCAGCAGGAGCACCAGAUUGGCUCUGCCGGUGCGCCUGCACUGCGCCAAUCUCCCCACCAUCUCUCCCUCUCCUUCCCAGUAAGCAGCAGUGACUCAGGAGGUCAAGUGAGCACCACCACUCGGCUUUUAAGGACAGCUGACAGAAAGGUCCUCUAAAGAGAAGGCCGGUUUCAAUCCCCAUAGCCCAGUGCUCUGUUUGCAUGACCCGCUGCUAUGGUGGUGGCCUUUCUCUUCUCAUUCUUCACCCUCUGGAUUUAAGGCAGGAAUGUAGAGAGAAGGCCAUGGAAAGAAGAAGAAGCUGUAUUUGUACUGAGUCAAUAGCCAGAAGGCAGACAGGGAGCUCAGAUGAAUGGAGAACUAGAUCAGCAAUAACAAGCUCAUCAGCACUUUCCAUGGGGAACUAGAUGAGCAAUAGCAAGUUGGUCAGCACUUUGAGCGAUGUGCUAGAUGAGCAUUAGCCUGGUUCUACGUAGCAAUAGCAAGCUGGUUUUAAAAACACCAAACCAAACUCAAGGCUACCCACUCGCCUCCUAAGCAGGAAACUGAAGCACAAAUAAACCAGGUCUUUGUACCUUGAAAUGGAGAACAAUGCUCAGCACUGGCAGGUCUUGAUCAAAUGUGGUAGAGGAAAGAAAAUUGUGGAAAUUUAUUGAUUAAAUCACUCUAGCCGCCCCAUAACAAUUCUCUGGGCAUCUCACACAAUGAAAUCAAUCAGUUUUAAGUUCAGCAUAAAGCAAAAGUCACAAUGAACUAAUUUUGAAAAACCAUUACACAAUUUAAAAAUCAAAACCAUACCUCCAUUAAAAAGUGUGCAUCUGCUUUUGCAGAUGAGUGUCCCAAACUCAUUUCUUGGCAAAGUGGAAAUGUUUUUGGAAACCAUGAGGGAAACUUUGUACCUCAAGAGUACAGAUUCUCUGGCUAAUUUAGGACAUUACAAUGAAGCUAAUUGGCUUCAAAGCUGUACUAUUUACUUCCCUUGUCUCCAGCCUCUUGCAAUUAGUGUGCAUAUGUACAUACAGCAUGUAUUUUGUUCUUUUGUGGGGGGCGUGAUCAGAUUAAACGUGAUACCUUGUUGUUUGGUUUCAUUUUAAUUCCAUAACCUAUGACACACUGGUAGCAAUUUUCAAGCCACUAUGUCUUUCCUUUUUAAAAAUUUUAAAGAGAUUUCCCCUCUUUUCAAAUCUGCUUGGUAUAUUUUGUUUCCACGUAGACCUGCUGAGCAACCACAUUUUGAAAACAGCUAUGUGUGCAGAAGCCAUUAUUGCUGGUUUAUCAAUGGAAACACUGGAGGGGAACAUGCUGGACGUAGGCUGCAAUGGCGACGAACUGACUCUUAAUGGAAGGCCCAUCAUUGCUAACAAGGAUGUCAUCGCGACCAAUGGCGUGAUACACUUUGUCAACGAAUUACUCAUCCCAGACUCUGGUAAACCUUUUUCUCAUUAUGAUUUUGUCUCAGACAAGAUGUGCUUGGUGAGCUUGCCAGUGUGAACAGUGCAGCUUAACCGCCAGGGCUGCUGUUUAGGGAUGACCCCCAGGGCCUCAGUUCCAGGUCCUUUGUGUUCGGUGUUGGACAUCCUGCCCAUUUUUGUAGGUUUUUUCUUUCCUUAUAGCAUGGCUGAGCACACUGCAGAGCAAAGUGCAGAUGAGACACCAGCCAACUUGCCCAGAAGCAUCUCUUCAUAUAAAUUAUAUCCAUUUUAAGUACCUUUUAAUUAUACCUUUUAAGCAACACCCCUGCUCAUUGCCAUCAAUUGUAUUCUUUUAUUCGAAUAUAUGGAGAAUGCACUACAACAACCUGACCCAGUUGUGACUGGCCUAAUUCCAUGUCAGUUCAGCUGAUGUCCCAACUGAGUCACUUGUCUUCCAUAGUGUAUCUUUCCCACUUCUAAAAUGAGGUUAUAUAUGAAUGUAUUUCACAGAAAGAAAAAUAUUAAAAAUAAGUGUAAUGUCAACAAAAUUAAGAAUCGAAAUGCCAGAUCUUUCUGGGUUUGUUUUUUUGAUAAAGGAAGCAAAGCAUGAGCGUUGAAAUGGAGAUGUAAAAUGAACCAUAAAGUCUCAUUUUUAAAAAACACAUAAUGAAUCUGGCAUAGAAUACACAUAUUUUUGUUGCAUAUUUUAAUUUAAAGCUCUGGUCCAUGGGUAGGCAAACUAAGGCCCGGGGGCUGGAUCUGGCCCAAUCAGCGUGUUUUUACAUGAGUAGAAUGUGUCCUUUUAUUUAAAAUGCAUCUCUGGGUUAUUUGUGGGGCACAGGAAUUCAUUCAUUUUUUUCUUCAAAAUAUAGUCCGGCCCCCCACAAGGUCUGAGGGACAGUGGACCGGCCCCCUGCUGAAAAUGUUUGCUGACCCCUGCUCUGGUCAUUCAUCAGUUACUCCUUCUGUAUAAAUAAUAAUGUUGAGACUCAUGUUAACAUCUUUUCUUUUUAAAUUGCAGCUAAAACUUUGUUGGAGCUGGGUCAGGAUUCCGAUGUUUCAAAGGCUAUGGACCUUUUUAGACGAGCUGGCCUCAGUUCGCAUCUCACUGGAAAUGAGCGGCUGACAGUUCUCGCCCCCAUCAAUUCUUUCUUCACAGGUAAGCUCUGGCACUCAUCUGCACUCUAAUCUGCUUAGUGGCAGAACCGGAAGCGUCAAUCAACUCAGGACAGAAUCCAUACUCUGGUGGGCACUGCUGGUUGUGUGUGACAGCCAUGACUGAAAACGAGGAGCGAUUAUAAUCCCCUCUGCAUGCAUGAGCUGUCCCUAAAGCUUCAUUUUAUUGUUGAAAGUCAAUUUGAGCUUGUAAGGUUGCAAGUUAAGGUCACAUCUCUUUCUUUUUUUGGUGUUAUUCUGGUUCUAAUGCAUGACUGUAAAAGGGAAUGUAAAAUGCAGUCGCUUUAAUGCAUGCAGGAUAUGCCCAUCAAACACAGGACCAGCCAGCCCAGGUUACAGUGUGAUAUUGGCACUGUAAAGGCAUGCUGCUUCCCCAAAGAUCAUCUUCAUUUGCGCUGACUGGUUUCUGGGGAACUCGCAAUUCUGCCUGAUCGAAAGAAUCCACAUUCAUCUGAAUGUAUUCAUAUCAGUGAAAUAAUUCACAUUGUUUCUACAGGGUCACCUAUUAAUUCAUGUACAGUAUAGGGGUACCUGGUGUUGAUUGAAUGAACUUUACAGUGUGUGUGAAAGCACUCUGAAAUGAUAGAUAUGGGGGGAUGGGAAUCCUGCCUUUUGUCUUGUCAACAUAACACCCAGUUCUUGUCACAGGAGCUCAUUGUGUGUUUUGGCUUUGGGGAAUGAAUGGGCGGUGUUCAGCAGAGGUGGGGAAACCAAGGCUCUCCCAGUUUCAUUGGACUACAUUUCCUGUCCUCUCUGACCAUUUGUUAUGCUCGCUGGGGCUGAUGGGAGUCCAGCAAUGUAUGGAAGGACACAGGUUCCUCACUACAGAUUUACACAGUGGUACCAGUUGCUCUGACAGUAACUCUCUACUUAGAUGUUACCUUUAGAUCCUGCUUUUCCUCUCAAGAACUCUGAGGCUGUCAUGUGGACCUCAGGCUAUCUCUCGCCCAAGGCGAUUAAAAAAAUGAGCUUGAUCAACAUUUGCUAGAACUUUAUGACAAAGUGGUGCAAAAGUUUAUGCUUCAAUAACAUUGUUAAGUCUUUGAAGUGCCACAGAAUUCUGUGUUGCUUUUGUUACAAAAGCUAAAUGGCUAUUUCUUUGGAACUGAAAUACAUUGGCACUAACAUGGAGGGAGAAAGAGGCAAUGGAGUUUGCUUGGUCCUCACACUGUGGAACCAUGAGCUACAAAGGAAACUGUGCAUGCUGCACUGAAAUAUUGAAAGUGUUGACUCGAGCGGCGUUUUCUCUUUUAUAAUAAUAAGCACUUUUAUUAUUUUUAGUUUCAGGAACUAUCAGAGUGAUGCACAAGGAUGACACUGGUGUGAAUCACAAUUUCCCCCUCAGCAGGUUUUCUGUGUUGCCACAUGGGUUUGCAGAUGCAAAUUUUGUUUUUGCAGACACUGACUACAUUUUAAAAGAAAGCAACUGCCGUCCCUUUUUUUGCGGUGGGGGAGGGGUUGCGCAGAGGACUCACUUUGAAACUUGAAUUUUGCAACAAAAUUCUACACAACAGCAUGCUUUAGAUGCCUUGUUAUAAAACUAUGACUCUUGGCUUUCUUUUGUUCUGCAGAUCAGACUCCUACACCAGGCAGGAACGUGCUCCGGGAUCACAUUAUUAAAGAGCAGCUUUCCUCUAAAUACCUUUUCCAUGGACAGAAACUGGAAACUCUGAGUGGCAAGCAGCUGAGAGUAUUUGUGUACCGAAAUGUAUGUUUGCCAUUUAAUUACUCCUCCCAGUUUUUACUUUCAAAACAGGGUUUGUUGCUCUGGGUUCCUUUGGGAGGAAGGGUAGGGAAAUAGUAGUAGUAGUAGUAGUAGUAGUAACAAUCAGUUCAAAUAAAAUCCUUUCUCCAGGUACUCAUACGUAGCAGUUUAAAUGGGGUUAUUUCAUUUCUGUCCUGUGUUUGACCUAAGAUUAUUCAGUGGGUUUCACAGUAGAACAAGGCCUGGUGAUUCUGUAUAGAUGAACAAGCUGGUUCCUUCCUUUUCUGCACUGGAAAGUUCUUUUCACACAACACUGUAUUGAUUCCACUGUAGUGUUACACUGAGCUGAUUUGUGUGAAUGCUCUGCCUUUUAAACCACUGGAUCAGCAUGCAGUCGAGAGACUGUUAGCCUUGUGGGAAUGUCCGAUUUACUCGUCAGUUGGUUUUCAAGUACUUCUAGGCCUCAUGCCAUAGACCAAGAUGUGCAGGGUCUCUAGUGUGGAAACUUAAAUCGUUUUAAACUUCUGUGAUGCUUUGAAUUAAAACCCAAUCCAUCCUGUAGACUCUCUGCAUCGAAAAUGCCUGCAUUGCUGCCCACGACAAAAGAGGAAGGUUUGGAACCUUGUUCAGUAUGGAAAAGUUGGUGACUCCCCCUCUUGGCACCGUUAUGGAUGUGCUCAAAGCAGAUGAUCGUUUCAGGUGACAUUUUUAGUUUGUAUUGUUAGCUUGAGAACAGUGACGCGGGAGAAGUGGUUUUGCUUUAGUGAGAGCUUGACGCUGAUUAUUUCUGCAUAUUUAAUCACAUUUUGAAUUUUAAAAUCAAUUAUCUGAUUUAAACCUUUUAUAUAUAUAAAAAAAGUAUGGAAGCCAGACAUACGAAACUGUCCUAUACAGAUUCAGACGAUUAGUCCAUCUAGGUCAAUAUUGUAUAUACACUGUAUAUUGUAUUGUAUUGUAUAUACACUGACUGGCAGAAGUUCUCCGGUUUUUCAGACGGGAGUCUUUCCUGGACCUGCCUAGAGAUGUUGGGGGCUGAUGCAUGCAAAGCAGGUGCCAUGCCACUGAGAUAUAGUGUUUAACAGCAUGGCUUUUGACUCACAAAUAAAUAAAUUGACACCAUUAUUAUAAUAUUAAGGACAUGAUUUUUGAAUUAUUUUUAUUUAUAAAAAUACUUACGUAUCACUAUUCAUUAAAAAAAACCCCAGAGCCGUUUACCACAAUUAAACUGAAAACCAUACAAUAAAAACCAUGUAAAUAUUUAAAAUUGGAAAGCAACUAUUGCAAAAGGAUAUUUUCUUAAUGGCCAGCAUAAAUGUGGCAACAUAGAAAAGUUUCUGACUGGUGUUUAAAGGUUUAAACAGAAGGCACCUGUUGUACCUCCUCUGGAUUUUAUUAUGUUUUUAAAAAAAUAAAUGAAUCAAAAGUCCUGAUGGGCACAAAUAGUUGUGUAGUUCUCUGUCUGUUACUUGGAAAUUCUAUUUGUGUCUCUCCAGUUCAAGCCUAACUCAUACAUUGGCAAAGCAUUUAAAAUUAAUUUGAGGCUCUUGCUUGAAAGCUUUUCUCAGCAGCAUUGUAGACCUAACUUUUAUCUGAAUAUUUAAUCAAAAUACAUUUUUAUCACAGUGAUUUUUAUUCUCCAUGAUUACAGAGGACGGGCAGAGCAUUCCACCCUGGAGAGGGUUUGGAUGAGGUGGAAGGCAGCUCUAUCUGAUUGUUGCCUCCAUAGAGGUCUUUCCUUCACUCAUCUAAAAUGUGGAAAGGCAGCAAAAAAUUCCAGAAUCCAUCAUUUUGGAGAAAAGGAGGGACAGAGCUGGUGGGAACCAAGGAUCUACUAGAUCCUACGCCGCUUUAGUGAGCUGCAGAUUGUGGCAGGAACUUCAGUUCAAGCCCAUUUGCUGCAUCUACCCUAGUUUUGCCUCUCCUUUAAGGCUCAGUGCUACCCGGCCAGGGUUAGGAUUGCCCACAAGUAAUUCAACACAGACCAAUGCUGCAAUUUAAUUACCGUAUUUUUUGCUCUAUAAGACUCACUUUUUCCCUCCAAAAAAUAAGGGGAAAUGUGUGUGUGUCUUAUGGAGCGAAUGCAGGCUGCGCAGCUAUCCCAGAAGCCAGAACAGCAAGAGGGAUUGUUGCUUUCACUGCGCAGCGAUCCCUCUUGCUGUUCUGGCUUCUGAGAUUCAGAAUAUUUUUUUUCUUGUUUUCCUCCUCCAAAAACUAGGUGCGUCUUGUGGUCUGGUGCGUCUUAUAGAGCGAAAAAUACGGUAGAUCCUAACUUCAUUAUAAUUCUUUCCGUGUUAAGUGUUUGUACUUUAUCUUUUCCUCUUUAAUAAUAAGUGCAGCAGGCCAGUAGGGCAGUAUUAAUUCCCUUUUGCAGAUCAAGAGCUCAUGAUUAAAGACAGCAGUGGUCAAGGUUUCUAAGCUGAUUGAACUGUGUCGCCUGAAUGCAAAUAGCACCCAAGCCACGGGGAGGCUUUUGCUCUAAUGCUGCAAUGGGGAACUUUUUGCAAAGUAGCCAGAUGCAAAAGUGGGAAGAGCGAUGGUGGGGUGCUCACCUUGGUACAGUAGGUUAUAUUCCAGAAAUGCAAAAGUCAGAGGUUUCAACAAACCGCACACAUUCCUCUAUCCUCCUUCCAGGCAAGCAAGAAGUAUUAUCAGAGUUCAAGGACAUAUUCUGGCCAAAGAAAAGAACUCAGGAGGGUGUGGUCUGUGGCAGGGCCAAAGAGAGGCGCCUGGAAAGCCAUCUUUGGCUCCUGGGCCUGAGCGCCUCACCCUGCACUGCCGCUUUAAUGGGACAUGUGACCUGCCAACACAAAGGUCUUAUAGAAUCCUGUCCAGCAGUGUCCAGCCAGUUCCCUUUGGGAAGUCUUUAAGAGCUCCUUGCUCUUCCCCAAUAAUAUAUUGCAGGCACAUCAGGGUUCCCUAAACACAGCAAUCCCUUCUGGCGAAAGGAACCGAGAAGCCUACUAGCGCGGGAGUUCUAUGUACACGUCGGGACAUAUAUGGAGCUCUAUGCUGGACCUCUUUGUUAUUUCAGCCGUGACAUUUUAAACUGCUCUUUGAAAAUGCUUGAGCGUUAAAUGCGUAUUUUCUCUGUGUAUUUCCGACAGCACUCUAGUGGCUGCCAUCCAGUCUGCAGGCCUCACAGAAACGCUGAACAGGCCAAGGUCCUUCACAGUGUUCGCACCAACAAACGAAGCUUUCCGAGCCAUGCCGCAAGGGGAGCUGAACAAACUUAUGGGUAAAUGUCUAUAGAUCUGGUAGGCUGUGGUGUGCGAUAUUGAGAUUACUUACACUGAGUUCCUUGGAUAAGUGAGCUUUACAGCAUUCUGUGCUAUUACAAUCUCAUAUUCAGCUUCUCUUUUGUUUGCUCAUCCAUGGGAUGGAGACAAUAGGUUACAAAAGUGGUGGCUCUGGUUUUCACUGAUGUCACGAGGAAUGAUUUGUCCAUGAGGUGACAGUGACUUACUAUCUACACCCAUGGUGAGACAGUUCAGGCCCUUCAAACUUGGUGGGUGUGUGGGUGCACUAGAUCCCAACAAUUGAUCAUAAUGAAAAGAAAUAUUUUGCAGAGUUGCCACCCAUUGUGCUGAACUUUCCUCCCCUGCUCAUCAGACUGCUGCUAUGAGGAAGGGGGGGGGGUGUUCUGUUUUUCUAUAUGCUAGCAUGUGUGAUUGCAAGUUUAGUUGUGUGAGAGAGAAAGAGCUAGUCUCUGUUCUCUCUAUGUGUAUGAUUAUGUUUGUGUGAAAGAGUGAGUCUGUGAGAGAGAGGCAAUGAUAGUCUAUCUGCCAGUCUCUGCCAUGUGUGCAAUUGUCUGUGUGUGGGGAAAAGACAUAGACAGUCCAGACAUCCCUUAUGCCUCAGUCCUUAAAAUUUCGCUCUAUAAGACGCACCAGACCACAAGACGCACCUAGUUUUUGGAGGAGGAAAACAAGAAAAAAAAUAUUCUGAAUCCCAGAAGCCAAAACAGCAAGAGGGAUUGCUGUGCAGCGAUCCCUCUUGCUGUUCUGGCUUUUGGGAUAGAUGCGCAGCCUACAUUCACUCCAUAAGACGCACACACAUUUCCCCUUACUUUUCAGGAGGGAAAAAGUGUGCCUUAUAGAGCGAAAAAUACGGUGCUUUUUUGGAAUAUUGCAGGGGUAAUAAAGGAGUAGAAAAAAGGCAAAGAAAGAAGAGUAUCAGUCAAGAUUCAGGGUUGAUAAGAUGGACAAACAAUAGUAGUGGUGUGGGCUGUAGUGCAUGGGUAUUUAUAUGCUACACCCUCUGUUAACAGUGGCACCCAAAGAGGUUAACAAACAACAUCUAAAAAACUACUUCUAAUAUGUUCCUCAAGAGAGAGAGGGAAACCAUGCCUGGGCUACUGAAGGACCUAAGUAAGAAAAAUGUCAUGUGUAUGUCUAAAAUAGUUGCCACGAAUCAUAGCAGGGAAGAUGGAAAUCACAGAUGGCCAUCAAUAAAUGUUGAUGAAUUUUAGCUGGGCUGGUAAGGAUAGAGGUGAGAUUUUCAUAGGCCCCAGGCCCAGUGGGGGGGGGGGGAGCUUCAGCUUGGAAGCCCUAUAAGGAAAGGGUAUGUGAACUUGUUCAAUUAUCUUUCAUGUAAAUAUUGAAACAUUCUCUUGCCUGAUGUGGCUUAGAAAAGAAUAUGAGCUGUUCUAGUGCAAUGGCUUUUCUCAGUUCAUGCCCAUCCCAUUUGUGACAUCAUAAUGCAACAUCUGCUGAUGGGAGCUGGUUAUCCUUUUAAGUUUGCAGAGCAGUAGUCUGCACAUUUGCUCUAUUGCUUAACGCACAAAUAGUUGGUAACUGAUUUGUAGCUACCGUAAGUAGCUGUGGAACUGAAACAUCCCAGAUGUGAACAGCCAAAAUGUUCUGAGGCUUUGUAAGCAAAAUAUUUAGCUUACUCCUCUGAAAGCAAUGAAUCACCAUUGAUGGGAAUAUAUAGCAAAGAGCAACUUGUGUAAGAGGAAAAAGGGAAGAAGAGCUGUAAUUUCUUGUUUGAUCAGCUUUAUCUCUUGGAUGUGUUACUCAUAGCUGCAGCUGGAUUUGGGACAAUAUACAACCUACUUCUAUAUUUGCUCCAAACAAUUCACUAGCGGGGGUUCUAGUCCAGCCCCCUGCUACUGAAUUGUUUGGAGCAAAUAUAGAAGUAGGUUGUAUAUGACUCUUGUGGUCUUUUCCAACUCUGAUUCUAUGAUGGCAGUAUAUAUUAUAUAAAUAGUAUAAUGUCUGACUGCAUAUCAUUUCUGCAUCUCAGAAAUUUCAGUUUCACUCUGGAGCUGAGAGAACCUGGACGAUCUGUCCAGAGUUAAGGCUCACACACAAAAUUCUGAAAUUCAUUACCUCCAGUGUUAUGCCUUUGCACAUGCUUUGCAAAGUACAUAUAUAAAAGUACUGAAUUCAAUACCAAACCAGUCCAUAGAUGCAUGAGAUAUGAGAGUGAAUUUUCAGCAAUAUAAUUGCAAUGCUUCCUUUGAAAUUCCAGUGCUAUCUUUUAAAUGAGGAACUGCUGAUUACUUUCUAGCCUAAAACUUUGCCAGAAAGUAUACAUAUUUAUCUCAUCCAAGCUGUGAUUCCAAGUUCACUGAAGACCAGCUGAAACACGAAAUCCGUUUUUCAUAGUGAGGCCUUGAACCUUACUUGAAUGGAUUUAUCAAUGUUGUGAUAGAGAGCAAAUUUAGAUGGGUGUUUGGGGGAUCAUGAUAUUUUCUGUUUUACAAAUGUGCCUUUGUUGGUAAAGGCACAGAGGAAAAGAUCAGUAAUGUGUAAAGGCUUAUCAAAACAGCUUCAAACAUUUUGGUUCAGUUUCACCUGUUUCCAAAAACAGCAUCGGGGUUUUCUUUUCCAGUACGUCUUCUGCCACUUUUGGAAGCACUUGCCAGAUAUCAGAUUUAUAAGCUGCUAUGAUUCAUUGCCAGUAUAUGUUGGCAUCCUCUUCUGCUUAUGGAAGAAACAGAUAGAGACAAAGGCAUCAUAAGCAAUGAAGGCACCAGCUGCGGCAGCAUAGCAGAAAAAUAUUGCAAGGAAAUGAUGUGAUGUCAAAUGAGCAGUUUUACUAUUUAAAAAAAACCCCAGAGCACUACGGGAAUCAUUGCUGCUGUUAAAGGAUAGAGGUUCCAAUUAUUUUAAAAGCCCUGUGUUUCCCCCCCAAAUUGCAGAUCACUCAGAUCACACAUUCAUGCAUUUGAAGAGCUAAGUCAAAUAACUUCAAUACAUUCUAUGUAAUACAGUAUAGCUGUUUAUACUGCAUCCUUCCUCCUGCUGCACAAAACACUUCAGCUGCUCAAUACUUAAGAGUUUCUUUGCUGGAAGGAAUACUUGCCAGCAUACAUGAGAAUCUGAAUAUGGGCACUCUAGAGAUAUAUGGCUGUAUUCUGACUUCAUGGAACAGCUGCAUACUGUUAGUGGAAGGCGGAAUACUCCUGAUAUUGUCCUUCAUCUGUUUACCUCACUAUGUGAUACUUUGUUUUCUUUCCUAAAUACCACGAAACAAGUAAAUUGAGCUAUAACACAUAUGUUGGGUCUCUUUCACCCACAGGUAAUGCUAAAGAACUUGCCAGCAUUCUGAAGUACCACAUCGGGGAUGAAAUAUUGGUUAGUGGAGCAGUUGGUGCAGUUGUAAGAAUGAAGACCUUGCAGGGUGAUAAACUGGAAGUCAGCACUGUAAGCUCAACUCCCCCCCGCCCUUUAUCUCUUGUUGUGAAAUUACUGAGUUGUUUAUAUGCAAAUACCUUGAAUUUCUGAAAAGCAGACAAUGGUUUUAUUGUUGCAUGUCUCAUUUCUGUGCUCGUAUAAUAUCCUCUUAUUUUUCCUUCCCUGCAUUUUUGUAAGAAAUCAUGCAGGAUAGUUAUAAAUACAAAGACAUACUCCUAAUAUUAGCCAGUUAACAAUGUUCACACAAAACUUUACCUCCCUGGGAUUCCUUUGUGGGAGGCUGGGAGGGGAAGAGAAGAUUAGAAGUGAGCCUCAAUUUUGCAUACCCUUUCUCCCUCCUCUCCUCACCAUGGAGGAAAUGUAGCCUUUAUCUCACAAUGACUGAGUGAUCUCAUGUUCAAAUCUUCUAUCCCCUAUCCAUUCAUUCACUUCUAGAAGUGAAUAGAGUAGUGGAGAUAGUUCAAGGUUUGUCCUGACAUAUAAUCUGAAUAGGUACAGGGUUGUCAUGGAAGGUUUAGAGGAAACUAGACAAUGAUGUUUAUCAUGUCUCUUAAACAAGAACAUGAACCUUCAGACUUCACACCUGGACACAACUAAGUCCAGUGCCAUCUAUGACAAAGCUACAUAAUGACACUAUCCACAGAGGGAGAGAGGCUGGAAGAGAAAGUCCAGUUGUGUGUGGUUAGCAACUACCAACAAAAUACACACACUGUCUAGACACUUGUACUGUUUCAUAAUAACGUUAUCUCAUUUUAAUAACCUUUUCACUUGUCAAAAACACAUGCAGUGCUGUUAGCAAUCAUGGCACGAACAGCUUCACAUUGAGCUUCUACUGAUACAGUAAUUGUGAUAGUUUAUGCAGCAGAUUCCUUGAUCCAUGGCAGUGUGUUGGGCAUUAAGCACAGCCUAGUGCCCCUCACGACUUACGCUGGCCUGGCAGAGCAAGGGACAGCCUGCAGGAAAAUAGGAGUCUGCUUGUGGCUGCCUGCAAGGGAGGAACCACAAAAAGCAAUCUUACAUUUGUUUAACGUAGUCUGCAUCCACAUUCUUACUUACUGGAAUCCCAGGCCUCUGAACACAAAAGUUUGUUCAAGGCAUAUUAAUUAGUUUGUUAAAACAAACAAACUGCUUGGGUGCAGCAGAUUUCAGUGCAAUAUGCUGCUGGGUCUUUUGGAGAAGAUUAAAAAAAAAACCUCUGCAUAUUUUCUCCUCUAGAAUUAUUUCUCCUAGCAUAUGUUUCUGAUGACUUAUCUCUGCUUCUUUUUUUCUCUUAAGAAAAACCACAUCGUAAAUGUCAACAAGGAACCUGUGGCCGAAGCUGAUAUUAUGGCCACUAAUGGUGUGAUUUAUGCUAUGAAUACUGUUUUACAACCACCAGGUAGGUCAAGUUAGGUUCAGGAAUAAAAGAGAUCUCCACCCCCUCCCUCAGGUUUGCUUCUCUUUCCUAAGGAGUUAAGGUCACAUUAUUAUUACUGUGGAGCAGCAGUGAAAUGCACAUUUCCUGUGCAGCAGGAAACAAGUGGCUAAUUCUCAUCUUCCUGAGAAACAUUAUAUUUUCAGUCUCCAAAGCCCUCAUUCACUUCAACAGGGCGCACAUGAAGCGUUAGGAAAACUGCAUGUGCCAUAUACGUGAUUGGAAACAUUGGGAGGGAAGAAGGGAAAGUGAUUUUGCAGGGCUGUGAAUCAUAAUUUCCUUUGACAAUUUAACAAAAAACAUACUGGACACAAUAUUUUUGGGUGGGUGGGGGUCAGCUUCCAUCAGGCUGCUCCUGGUGAGCCAGCUCAAAGGGCUCCUUUGCUCAUUGGAGAACAAACAGGAUGUUUGCCUGCCUACUCGUCCGUGAGAAUGAUGGCUCCAGGCCUCUUUACUUAAUAUGGAAGUGCUGAAGACAGCAGAGUUGGAAGAGAGGCCCCAGGAUCACCUAGUCCAACGCCCUGCAAUGCAGGAAUAUGCAGCUGUCCCAUAUGGGAAUCAAACCUGCAACCUUGGCGUUAUCAGCACCACACUCUUAACUACUACUUCUAUCAUCCCUGGCCAUUUCCCAUGCUUGCUGGGGCUGAUGGGAGUUGUAGUUCUGCAAAAUCUGGAAGGCUAAAGGUUCCCCACAUCCCAACCUAUGAUCUUAAUUGUGUUCUACCCGAAAGUCUACCAGUUUUGGUGGGUGGAGGGCAAUGACAGGAGCAGUGGACACCUCCUAAAAAUACAAUGUACAAUCCAGCUGCAGUAUUUUCCCUUUCCUGCAUAUGGCAACAAAGCAUUUCUCUUAAGGAAGUAUCUAGGAUAGUAUGUGGAAUUUUCUGGGUUUGUGCACAGAAGAGUAAUGUUUGGUUGCUUGGACAGACUGACAGCAGAGUUUGAAGCACCUCUAUGGAGUUGUUGCCAUUGCAUUUAGUUUGUUCCAUAAAUUUGUGUCCUGCCUUUUCAUUUGAUGCUUAAGGUAGCUCAAGAAACAAAACACCAACCCAAAAUAAAAGCAUUACAACAGAACGUUGUAAUUUGGUGUUCUAAAUUAAUGGAAGCAGAAAACAUCCACAUUCAAAGUGUAUUUGAAUGUUGUUUGAACGUUGUUUGUGUCUUUUAGCUUCCAGGCCUAAUGAAAGAAGCGAUGAGCCUGCAGAUCCUGCACUGGAAAUCUUCAAGCAAGCCUCUGCAUUAUCCAAGGUAAGCAUAAUGCUCAAGCAGCAUAUAGAGACAUUUCUAAUGGCCCUGUAUUUGGACAUGUACAACAUAGAUCAUAUCACUGGAACCUACAAUCAGAUUAAAUUAUUAUAAUUUAUUUACUUGUUCCACUUUUAAACUGCCCUCUUCAAUUAAGAUCCUGGGGCAGUUUGUAAAAUAUCUAGUCGAAACUGUAAUAAAACCACUAAACCUUUAACCACUAAUUUUAUAAUCAUCAUCAUCAUCAUAUUCAGGCUCUCAAAAUCAACACAGCAGAGGGCAAUGUAAUCACAGCAGACCUUGAACACAUCAAUCUCCUGCAAAGGCCAGGGUGGACAGAUGUGUCUUAAGCUGCUAUCUUCCAGAUCAGUUAUACUCACAUGUUGUGAAGAGGGCAGGGAGAGAGCCCAUGUGAGUUAAGGACUUGGCCCACUGUCUUUAUGUCACCACACAUAGAGGUUUGCAACAGGAGGUACUCUCUGAACAUAUCCAAAAAUGUGCUUGCUUGGAAAGAUCUCCCACUGAUUACAGUGAAAUUUGCCUGUUUGCAGCACCCUCCUAAAAUCACAAUCCUAAGUAUGUAGUGAACCAUACAGAACCAAUGGAACUGGUAUCCCUGGAUCAGAUGUGAAAUACUUUGUACCAGCUCCCUAAAUCAUGCUAUGCAAUCUCUCAUUUGGCCAUAUUUUAAUGGCCUCCAAAGUAAUGAUUGUGGUGCAAAUGGCCUCCCCCAGGCACAGCCUGCUUCUCCCAGUUUUCGUUCCAUCUUUACAGAAGCUUACGGUGGUAGCAGCCGAGGGCUGAAGUUAGACCUACAGCAGCUUUCCAGGUGGCGCAGGGGGAACCGCAGGGCACACAGAUGCUGUUUUGAUACAAGUUCCCUUUGGAUUAGCCCACUGGUUCCUGCCCCCAGCCCCACAACACUGCUCUGAUAUGGGCAAAACCCAUGCUUACUAAGGGAAUGUUUUUGUUUGGGGUUUUCAAUUGCACACCAGUUUGCUAUAAAAGUAUAUAAAUAUUAUUGAUUUGUUUCAUCUGUACAAAUGUAAACGUUCUCUCUCUCUUUUCCCCCCUUGCAGAUUUCCCACAGGAAUGUUCGAUUAGGUAAGCAAAACUUUCAUGCCACGUAACUUAAAUGGUUCCUCUGUGGUGUGGCAGCUACCAGGAUUUGUAGUUGCAUCCCAUGCCUCACCCAUGAGAACCAUUUGUGUUCUCUCAGAACAUGGACAUGUUUAAUCCACUCACAGGGACCUCCAUAUAUUCCAGGCAUCUUCAGUUGAUAUCUUACGAGUGCUGUGUGGGUGCUUGCCAAUGGAAACAUUUUUAGCCACACUCUGAGUGGGGGUCAUGUAUACUUUGGACCCCCUCUGAAUUUGCCUGCUGAAUUUGCCCCUCUAAAUUUGCCUUCUGGAAAGCAAUGCCAUUCCCUCCUUUCUUAGUGAGGCUUUCCUGCUCUUUGUUUCUUGUAGGCUCUUCAAGGGCAAUUUGCUAAGGCUGAGUUGAACAAUCAGCUAUGAAAAAAUGUUUGGGAUAACAAGGAAUGUGAAAUGCCCCAGUCAAAACACAAACGUGUUGGAAGUAGGGAGAUAUGCUCAGCCAUAUUUCCCUGUCUCCCACUGCUCCUUUCACUGAGACAGACCACUGGUCCAUCUAGGUCAAUAGGGAUGCAGGUGGCAUUGUGGUCUAAACCACUGAGCCUCUUAGACUUGUUGAUUGGAAGGUCGGUGGUUCGAAUCUGCGUGACGGUGGUGAGCUCCUCUUGUUCUGUCCCAGCUCCUGCCAACCUAGCAGUUCGAAAGCAUGCCAGUGCAAGUCGAUAAAUAGAUACCACUGCCGCAGGAAGGUAAAUGGCAUUUCCGUGCACUCUGAUUUCCGUCGCGGUGUCCUGUUGCACCAGAAGCAGUUUUGUCAUGCUGGCCACAUGAUCCAGAAAGCUGUGUAUGGAUAAACGGUGGCUCCCUCGGCCUGAAGCGAGAUGAGCACCGCAUCCCAGUCGCCUUUGCCUGGACUUAACUGUCCAGGGGUCCUUUACCUUUUACCAUCUAGGUCAGUACUGCCCACACAGGACAGCAGCUUCUCUCUAGGGUUUUAGUCAGGGUUUCUUCCCGGCCCUACCUGGAGAUAGGGAACAUUGCUUGGCCGCUUAGGCAAGGUGAGGGACAUGUUUCCUUUCCCUUGCAUAGUGGCCAAACAAUCCCUCUCCUCUUGUCCUGCCUGGUCUAGACAUGCAACAGAGUGAGGUGAUAAAAUCCUGAGGCAACAGAGUGGUCUAUGCCAUUGCAGCCUGCAGAUGGUAGAUUAUAUUUUUUGAACAUUUCCCCACAUUUUAAAAUACACCUCCUUUUAAAUAAAAGCUAGGUUCUGGCUCAGUCUGUUCCCUGCUCUGCGACAAGGGAGGGCUUGCGGGGUGUUGUUUUAACAGAGGAACAUAUUUUAUAAAUGUAAUUCCCCCACCUGGAAUUUGAAGUAGUACUCUUCAUUCUUCCAUCUCAGGAUGUUGCCACCAAAUUCACAACAAAUUAUGCUGUGUAUAUAAACGUCGAUACCUAGACAUCUCAUACUAUACCCCACUGUGAAGGGGAUAGCAUACUGUAAUAUCAUAUCGCCCAAUUCUUGCAAAUUGCCAUGUUCAUGCCAGAGCACUGUGGCAUAGGCAUCCAGCCUAGUUUAAUGAAGCUUUGCAAAUCCAGUGAAAUUAAGUACAGUGGUGCCUCGCAAGACGAAAUUAAUCCGUUCCGCAAGAGUCUUCGUCUAGCGGUUUUUUCGUCUUGCGAAGCAAGCCCAUUGACGGAUUAGCGCUAUUAGCGCUAUCAGCUGUUUAGCGGCUAUUAAAGGCUGAAAGGCGUCGGGGAUUAGCUGCUAAACGGCUAUUAACGGCUAUUAAAGGCUUAGCAGAUUAGAUAAAGGGGGGGAAAAGCGAAAAAAAAUCUCAAGACUCGCAAGGUAUUUUCGUCUUGCGAAGCAAGCCCAUAGGGGAAUUCGUCCUGCGAAGCAACUUCAAAACGGAAAACCCUUUCGUCUAGCGGUUUUUCCGUCUUGCGAGGCAUUCGUCUUGCGGGGCACCACUGUAUGUGGGAAUGUGUGCCUGAUUGCAGUCAAUGUUCAAAACAAACACUGUAGGCACAUUCUAAAGCAUCUUUCAAGCAAUUCAGUUUUCAUUUAGCUGUGAACAGCUUUAGAGAGGAACAGAAUAACAUAGUGGUAGUAAAUGGUUUACUGAUUUUAGUUUGAGAAGACCUCUGACUAUCUUUUUGAUGCAGCCAUAGAUGAUUAAUGCAGUUGUGCUUAUGACAGCAUCUCCUUCUCUCCGUUUUCAGCUCCUGUGUAUUCCAGAUUGUUAGCCAGAAUGAAACACUAAAGCAACAGCCAUUCUGUAUAUGUAAAGCACAACCAAGGAUUCAACUAGCUUUUGCCAUUGGGUUGCUGAAAAGAAGGACUUUGUUUUCUACAAAACAACAAGAACAACACCCACACAUACACACAUGCCACCAUGUAUUACACAAAGGUUAUUUUUUUUCAACUGAAAUGAAGGAGAGAAAAUAAAAGCCAUAUAUAUUUAAACCAUUGUUUGAUAAGCCUAAUUUUGUUACAAUUGGUAGCUGAGAAUUCAGGGAGCCUCAGGUAUGUGUGUCUACUCCAAAAUUAUUUAGGCCCAGCCUCCAGUUGUGCAAGAGCUAAAAAUGACUUUGAUUGCAAGACACGCUAAAAUUGAUCCCUCUCUGGUUAGUAUUUAAUAAAAAUGUUUAAAGUUUGCAUGCGCUGUCAAGAACUGCACACACUGGCUUAUGCUCAGAAUCCUAUUGAAUAUCUGAGGCUUUGGCUUUAGAAAAGGGAGUUAUUCAGAAAUGCAGCCUGAAUUAGACUCAGGUUGGCUUUCAAUUGCUACAGUCUGUCUUCAUGGUUUUGAGUGCAGGUACGUAGACCGAUCCUGCACUUUUGCACACAGUCACUGCUAAAAACCAAGAUUUGUGAAGCUCAUUUGUCCAAACUGGCCCUUCACAUUCUUGAGGGUCAGUGAGAUGAAUGGUCCAUUUUCUAUAAGGUGCUAAUAGUAGUAUUUUCUUACUUAACACAGUUUUGUCGUGAAAUAUUUCAGAAGAUAGCCACAGAAGCAUUUACUAUUCAUUUCUACAUGUAUAGGGGUAGGUACAGAUGGAUCGUGAGUGGUCUCUGUACCCUGGUGCUUUUCUUUUUCUUUCUUUGAAAAAACAGAGUUUUUAAAAGAGUCUUGCUUUAGAGUAAUAAUCUUUGUGACUUUUCCACACUUUAUGGUUUGAGGCUUGCAAGCUUACAGAUAGGAUAUUCUGAUUUGGUCUCUCAUAGUUAAUGGGGUUGGGUGGGGCUUUCAACUACAUUUUGAAAAUGAAGGCAACAAGCUUCAUAGCAAUUACGUAAAAUCUUAAUAUCGUUUUUCAGAGCGCACAGCCUAGGCAUGACUUAGACAUAAAUUUGUAUGUGGAUAUUUUAAGGGAUGUAAAAGUACAGCUUGUGCCUUCAAUUAAAACUGGCUAUUUAGGUCACAAUACAGGGGCUACAGAACUAGCUCCCUACAUGCUGUGGAAGCUUUCUCAUUCAUCCACCCCUGAUAGAGAACAAAACCUGUCAGAAAUUCAGGAGAUUUUCUUUAAAAAGGGGGGAGUUUCGAUGUAACGUACACUUACAAAAAGCUGCCUGUGUGUGGACAAACUAUCACACAUUCUAACACAAGCUCUCAGAAUUGCGGCCUGUAGUCUUAAGAGACUUUGCUAGGCACUCUCUGAACAAUGCCAGUUGUGUACUUCAGCAAGAACAUGUGGUUUUUAUUUUCUUCCCUCCUGUGCUUUGAAAAUGUUCCACACAAUUCAGUGUCUUAGCUUUUUUUUUUUUAAAGCCUCAUUGAUGAUAUUAGGGAAUUUGCAUGAUAUAAGCUAUGGUUUGAUCAGUGCUGUCAAUUAGCUUUUGUUUACACAUAUGGUUCUAACUUUAAUAUCUUUUUUUCUUCCUGAGCCUGGCAAUACAUCCUCUCUGUAAUGUGGUCAUAGAGCAAUCCCUCAUCAAAACCUUCAAAUAAACAAUUCAUUUGUGAUAAAA